AUGGAAGUAGAAGCCAUAUGGAAUGUGGGUGAAACAGGGGUGUAUGCUGCAUAUGCUCCAAGUCAGAACUCUCAAGCAGGUGGUGGGCAGGGCCAUUAUGCACCAGCUAUACCGGGGGCCACACUUGGACAACCGCGACCAACAGGCAUGGCCCCACAACCUGUCCCGGUUGGAGGUGGGCUAGACAUGCAUGGUUAUGCAGCUGAUGAUAAAGAAAUGAUGAAGCUCCGCGCAGAGAGAGGUGGGAGGGCAGGAGGAUGGAGUGCAGAAUUGGGCAGGAAGAGGGCAAUUGAGGAAGCUUUUGCUAGCGUCUGGAUUUGA